AGCCCAUUGUUCUUGUUCCGAGACCCAUAAGCCCAUGGCCAGAAGUCUAUUGAUCAUGUUUUUUUGGGCCUCGGAUAUUACAACCACAUUGCUGCUAUGAAUUCGUCGCGAGGAAACCGAAAAGCAGCCCACCGUUCAUUCCUAGUUCACCGCUUUUUUUGAACACACAAAGAAAAAGCCCAAGAUAAGUUUGCUCAAGCCAAGGUGAUAUACGUAUGUUAACACUGCCGCAACCAUGCCGAAUCGAGAAUUUCCACGUACCAGUGCACGAGACGUCCAUCGUAUCCUGGUUGCCAGAUUCAAUCAGUGUAGACCACAUCAGUAACAUGAAACACUCUGCUUUCAAGAGAAGAUAAAAAAUGACACACGGUACGUUGUCGUCGGCGAGGCGUCCAACAGAUGCUGCACGACGGAGAGUGGUUACCCAGUUUAUACCACAGUGUAGUUCACAAAGUGUGCAAUGCGUGACACCCUCAAUCUGAAAUGAGGAGUGCAUGCGUGCGAUUUAGACGUGGACGCCGGACUGUCUUGGCUCCGCGCAUGAGAGGGGCUAACUCAAACCCAGUCCAGAGUCAAAACGGAAUCCACGAAACCCACCGACUCCUCCUGCUCCGCUCCCUUUCCUGGCUUCUGUUGCCAAAUGUCGCCCACAGACACCCCAGCUGCCCAGCAGGUUCAGCCAGAACGCCGGCCGGAACGGAACGUUCUCUUUCCCACGCACAUGCGAAUGUGAUGGAUCCCUCCCUAAAAUUUAAUCUGCUCAAGAUCGAUCACCUCUCAGCGACUACGUGAGGUUAUUCUAAUUAAUGGAGCGCGCGCGCUCAACAAAGGAAGGGAAUCGCAGUUCAGACUGCCGUACUCUGCCGAUCUCGCAAUUUCAUAUUCCCCGGAACUCGCGCGCCCGCUGACUUCCUUCCCACACCAAAACGGACGCGCGCGUCGCCGCCCACUCAACGGCACGACGUCCUACUCCCGUCGGUCGAUCCCCCGAACCCAAACAAAACCCUCGGUCCUCGUCUCCACGCACAGCACAAGCACUUAAAGCCCUCGGCGCGCGCGCUAGCUCCAGGGGCACGACACGAAGCCGUGCCGCGAGGAUCGAGAGCUUGGCGAUGGCGGUGUCGGGCGGGCUGGGGCGGCCAGCCGGGAGACCGGGGGUGGCGGCCCGUGGCGGCAGCAGCAAGCAGAUGCAGAAGACCAUCGGCAACGUCAAGAUCACGCUCAUCUGCGGCUUCAUCACCAUCCUCGUCCUCCGCGGCACCGUAGGCGUCAACCUCCUCUCCUUCUCCGGCGCCGGCAGCACCAGCGGAGACGCCGCGGCCGCCGACGCCGCCCAGGUCGCCGAGGACAUCGACCGCCUCCUCCGCGAGAUCCGCUCCGACGCCGCCGACGAAGACGACAACAUCGAUCUCUCCCCCGACAACUCCACAACAACAACCCUCAAUGGCGCGGCCACGGAGAGCACGACAACAAUCAAGAACUACACGCUGGGCCCAAAGAUCACGCGGUGGAACGCGAAGCGCCGGCAAUGGCAAGCCCGGCACCCGGGGUUCCCUGCCCGCGACGCGCGCGGCAAGCCCCGUAUCCUGCUGGUCACCGGGUCCUCCCCAGGCCCCUGCGACGACCCCGCCGGCGACCACUUCCUGCUGAAAUCCACCAAGAACAAGAUCGACUACUGCCGCAUCCACGGCAUCGAGCUCGUCCACAGCAUGGCGCACCUGGACCGGGAGCUCUCCGGGUACUGGUCCAAGCUGCCAUUGCUCCGCCGCCUCAUGCUCUCCCACCCGGAGACGGAAUGGGUCUGGUGGAUGGACUCGGACGCGCUCUUCACCGACAUGGCCUUCGAGCUCCCCCUCGCCCGCUACGACGGGAGCAACCUCGUGAUCCACGGCUACCAUGAUCUCCUCCACAAGCAGCGCUCCUGGGUGGCGCUCAACACGGGCAGCUUCCUGCUCCGGAACUGCCAGUGGUCGCUCGAGCUGCUAGACGCCUGGGCGCCCAUGGGCCCCAAGGGCCAGGUCCGGGAAGCCGCCGGGAAAGUGCUCACGGCCAGCCUCACGGGCCGGCCCGCCUUCGAGGCCGACGACCAGUCGGCCCUGAUCCAUCUUCUUCUCGCUGACAAGCAGCGGUGGAUGGACAAGGUGUACGUGGAGGACAAGUUCUACCUGCACGGGUUCUGGGCCGGGCUGGUGGACAGGUACGAGGAGAUGAUGGAGAAGCACCACCCGGGCCUCGGCGACGAGCGCUGGCCCUUCGUCACACACUUCGUCGGAUGCAAGCCCUGCGGCAGCUACGGGGAUUACCCCAAGGACGUCUGCCUCGCCGCCAUGGAGCGCGCCUUCAACUUCGCCGAUAACCAGGUGCUCAGGAUUUAUGGGUUCCGGCACCGCUCGCUGGCUAGCCCCAAGGUGAAGCCGGUGCCGGUGAACCGGACGGCGACCCCCUUCGACGCCCUCGACAUGGGCCCCAAGGUCAAGACAUGGCUUUGAAGAAUUCGCUCAAAACAUGGGCGCCGAGAUCAACAUGAUGCUGCUGGGACUGGGUGGAUUCCAUGUUAGGCUGUUCAGUGGAACAAUACGAUCACACAUCUUUUUCUGUUUCGAAUUGAACACUCAUAGUGUGAAAUUUAAUUGAGAGGCAUACAGGAGAAAUAGAGUUUGCGGCAGCAAGUGAAAGUUGCUGCUGUUUUGUUCGUUUCUGUUGUUUUUUGGCACCAGGACAGAGACGGAACAGAAAGUUCUGAAGCCUGGAUUUUGUUUUCACGCGAGUUCUGAAAUUUUGUAACUACCUCGAGUAGAGAGGUUGGAUUUC